GUCGUCGGUGCUGAGGUGCUGAGGCGCUGAGGGGUCCGUGGGUGGAAGGCUUUUGUUAGCAUUUUUAGAGUCAUCAGCACCUUCUGACUGGGAAAAGAUGGUCAACGUCUUGAAAGGAGUGCUUAUAGAAUGGUUGGUGAAAACUUCCUGUUUGUUGGGAUCCACCUUUGUCGUUGCCUGCCAGCCUCACACCAAAAGUUUCCCGAAUGGAGCCAACCACAGCAGUUACUGAAGCAAGCCGCACAUGCUCAGCUCGUGUUUGCAUCUGAUUGCAGUGACCCUGCCAUGAAGCAGUUUCUGCUGUACUUGGACGAGUCAAAUGCCCUCGGGAAGAAGUUCAUCAUUCAGGACAUUGAUGACACUCAUGUCUUCGUAAUAGCAGAGUUGGUUAAUGUCCUCCAGGAGCGAGUAGGCGAAUUAAUGGACCAGAAUGCCUUUUCUCUUACCCAGAAGUGAAAAUAUUAGCUACUGAACCCUCGGGAAUUAAAAGUAACAAGUGCGAGAGACUGUCACCUUUCAGUGUCUUGUGUGACCGGUUUGAUUUACAGAAUUGCUCAGAAGCAUUUCAUGGGGAAGACAGGAGUAUCGUUUGUUCAUAAAAAAGCCCCUGAACUGACUUUCUUGUGCUGUCCCCCACCCCCAGUAUAUAUACCCUAGAAUUAAAAAAAUUUUUUAAUUGGC